AUGGAGAAAAAGAACAACCUCCAUGCUAUCUUCUCAAAGCGUUGCAAUGACCUUUUCAUGAAAGCCAACCAACUUUGCACUCUUAAUGGUGCAGAACUUGCUCUGUUGGUGUUUUCGCCUGGAAAAAAGGCUUACGCUUUUGGUCAUUCAUCUUUCGAAUUUGUCACUGAUAAGUUCCUUGGAAACAAGUCAUCAACUAGCAUCCACGGUGGCACUUAUCACCAUAUGAUACAAGAAGGCCAACACAAGAACUGGUGGCAGGAACCAAUUGAAGAGAUGAAUCUGGAGCAACUUCUGAAGUUGAAGAAAGCACUGAAAGGACUUAAAAAGAAGGUUGAGGAUGAAGUUAAGCGUCGGAUCUAG